CCAUCCCUCAAUUAACACCUGUCGUCCGCCAUUAAUACCCAAAUUAGCGACAGAGGAGAUAUACAUAUUAGCACAUCAAGUGUGUGGUGUCCACCGAUAUUAAUCAAGGCAUUAUCAAAGGAUUUCAAUACGAGCGCCGUUAAUAGCUCCCAACGCAUUUAUAUCCUCAAAGUUGUGCUUUAUUUCCGGCAGAUCCUUGUCCAAAUAUGAGGCCAUCGAAAAUGCUCGCGUCAGCCAAAAGAGGGUCUUGGACGACAUGGUUAACAUUCCCUGCAUCCUGAAAAAUUCAUACCUCAACUUUCAUCCAUACGAAUCUCAUGCCUCAAACAUACUAACUAUCUAGCAAUGAAAAACACUUAAUUCAAUGCGAAUCUAAUCAUGGAUGCUAGUGAGGCAGAUGUUACCUCAAAGUCUCCUUCUUCCUUGUACAUAUCUCUCCUAACUACGGGCUCAAAGUGUAUUCGAGUCCUAGACCUAGAAGCUCCUCAGCCGCUCGAGCAUGGUAGUUCUCAUACCAGUCAAGAUCGCUCAGAUGAGCUGCGCGGCCAACUGCGAGUUGUCGACUUGGCCGACAACCCGUCACCAAAGUUUAUUGCGUUGUCGUACGUCUGGGGACCUCCGUCCCCAGAACCACGAACGAUAAAGUGUGGGCAACAUUCAAUUCCCAUAACCGAUAAUUGUUGGGAGGCGCUAAGCUAUCUGCGUGUCGCGCCCGACUUCGAUCGAAAUGCGGAUGGCUCAUUGACGCUGUGGAUUGACGCGAUUUGCAUCAAUCAGGCUGACGAAGAGGAGAAGCUCAACCAAAUCCCUUUAAUGGGUAGCAUAUACUCGCAAGCCGUCUCAGUCUGUGUCUGGUUAGGACCUGGGACAUCUCGGUCUGAUGAAGCUAUGGACUAUUUGAAGGUCGCUGGCUUCCAGGAACACCUCGACGAAGACGGUGGUAUCCUCAAGCCUCCGAAGUCGCGAUUGUAUUGGAAAUUAGCUCUGACGAUGUUCACCAAAUGCCAGGUUCGAGGGUUACGCUAUUACUUUAGGGAAUUCGGGCUCAACCGUACCAUUCAAAACCCUCUUCCAGUUGGUGACCGAUUCGUAUCUCCUGGAGUCAUCGCUGAUGUCUUGGAAAGGCCGUGGAUCGGUCGCAUUUGGACAUUGCAAGAGGUUCUUCUCGCGUCCCGAAUCAGGAUUCAGUGCGGUACCAAGUCUUUAGAGUGGCACCGCAUGCUGCACGCCUUGACUUGGUUUGCCCACGUACACGAAGUGUGUGCGGCCAGAAGUUUCUCGCGGAGCCUGGGCUUACCUGGCUUUGGUGUGGUACGUUCAACGGAGUUCGCAAGAUGGCAGGGACUCGCUCAGUUAUGGAUGGAUAUCCAUAUCCAUCCCAUAGGAUCCAGGUACCCUGACCCGAAAAUAAUGGACAAUUACCGUACCUUCAUAGGUAAGGUCACUCUAACGUAUUUUAUGGUCUUCGGUUCCAUCUUUUGGGCAUUAUGCUCUCUCAUCUUAAUGCUGGGCCUUGUUUAUGCGGCCGUCGCAGUUCCAGUCGUCAUUUUGGGUCUUUUAAUCUUCAGUAUAGUUAAUAUCCGUGAGUACGGCCUGUGGUGGAAAUAUUUCAGUCGGUAUCUGUUAUCGUCAAUGUUAUCAGACCUGCGAAAAGCCUCCGAGGCUGUAGCAAGGCAUACGCCUGUUAAGAGUUCAUCAGACACCAAUAAUACCGUACGCGCUGCUUUGAUUCGGGAAAUCUGGCACCGCGCAGCGACUGACCCAAGAGAUAAGUCCUACGGUGUGCAUUCGAUUCUCCAUGAAUUGGGCGUUCAGGUUGGCGAUACGACUCUAGGGGAGCAAUGCAAUGAACUUUACAGGGAACUUUUCGUCGCGCUUUUGUGGUGGACGCGGGAUCCAAACAUCUUACUAUGUGCUUCUGGACCUAAGUUAGUGGAUCAACCAUCUUGGGUUCCGGACUGGCAUGGAGGAGGAAAAGCAUGGUUUAACUCGAAUUAUUUUGGGAUAGACUAUAUCGAUAUGAUGCAAUAUCGAACUGCGUCCGAGCUGAACAUGCUAAGAAGCCGAGGGAACGCUGGGACCAAACUCCCGGGCACGUAUCAUGUCGUGCAGGAUGACAUGGUCUUGUCUUUUCGAGGGAUGAUAAUCGGAUCGAUUCUUUGGGUAAGUGACAGCUUCGGGGAGACCUCUGAAAAAUACUCUCCCGCAGAAGACGCCCUUCACAUGUCCAACAUUGCUGUUCUCCAGAGCUUUUACAUGAGUUUUGAUCAGCGACGUCAAGUUCCCUAUGGGACCCCUUCGGGAAUCAUGAAUAGGCAGCACAAUACAGCUACGCAAUUCCGAUUGUUUUGGACAAUACAAACCAUGAGUCUUCUCCCUCCAAGCAAGACCCUAGAGAGAAUCAAAGGGAAGCGUUCCAGAGCAGCACCAGAACUCAGUUAUUUCGUGAGGUUAUGUUAUGAGCUCGCAUCCAACCAGAGAUCACUAUUCAAAAGUUCUUCCGUUGAGCCGCACCGGGAGACAAAUCUAUACGGACACUGUCCGCAGAGUACCGAGGUAGGAGAUGUUCUCGUUAUCCUCGAAGGCGUCGACUUUCCUGCUGUCUUACGAAAACAAAACCAGCACCAUUAUCGGCUGGUGGGGUUUGCUAUGGUGGACGACUAUGAAGUAAUGGACGGCUAUAUAUGGAAUGAGAGAGCAACUCAAAAUCUUGGAGAAUUCAAGAUAAUCUAAGCAAUAAACGCUUGUGCUUACUUAGUUGCAUUCUAAGUUGAGAGGUGUGGGCAGGCAAAAUAUUGGUGAUAGGUGAAUUGAUGUGUACCUAGGUACCUAGGUAGGUAGAAAAUCACAUGAAAGAAAGGAUUAGAGGGAAUAAGAUGUUGUAUUUGUUUGAAA